UGGGGAGGUUUGACGAAUAUUAAAAAUGGAAUUAGAAGGAUUUGGAGUAGUCGUCUUCAUUCGAAUUCCUGGAAGACAUUCUGUAAGUCUAAUGGUAAAAGAGCAAUAACAUUUGCCAAAGAUAUUACCAUUAGAUGGAAUAUUACAUAUAAGUUGAUAGCACAGAUUCUAAGCUACAAAGAGAAACUUGCUGAAUUUUUUAGGGAUGAACUUCUUUUAAUGAUUUCACUUAAUGAUUUGUUAUUGUUGAAAAAUUGAAUGCCGUAUUAGAAGUUUUUAAUAGCACAACUCUUACUUUUUUGCAUGUUUACCAACCAACCACAAAUAGAUUUUUUAAAGAGUGCGUUACAAUCGCAACAUGUUUUCGUGAAAGUUUGGCUGAUCUAGAUUUGUACCCUUAUGUCUCUCCUAUGAAAGAUAAAUAGUGUGCUUAUUAUUUGUACAUUCCUGAUAAUUAUAAAAUAGGUAUUAUUUGUGAUCCAUGCUUUAAGAUUGAAAAUUAUAAAAUUCUAAUUGACUAUUAUUACAGUUGUUUUUUAGAUGAAAAUAAUUAUUACUACACCCAUUUAAUUGAAUGCGGAAAAGAAAGAGAUAAUGCUAUUACUCUUUUUGAGGCUUUAUUUAAGAAAUUUCAAAGGAUAUACGGUAAUGUACCAGAAGAAAGGUUUUAAAGGAAUAGUCGGUGGGCUUCUUGCAAAGAAAGGGAAGCGUGCUCAGCCUUCGACGAGUUCAGGUGGUACAACUGUAAGCUCACACAACGAACUUGUUAUGUAUCAAGGGGUGGCAUACGAUUAUGGCGACGAUGACGAUGUGGAGUUUGACGUCCUCGGAUGGUGGAAGCGGAGCGAACACAUGUUCCCAUGUCUCGGAAUGCUAGCAAGACAAGUUUUAUCCAUCCCGGUAUCAACCGUAGCAGUGGAACAAGAAUUUAGUGCUGGCGGCAACAUUCUAACCGACUUCCGAAGUUGUCUUAGCGCUGAAUCUCUUGAAACACUUGUUUGCAAUCGAGAUUGGCUCUUGGCAAGAUGUCGAGCUCAAGAGUCAGGAUACGAUUUCAAUUCCGAUUAUUACAUAAAUGCAACGACAAAUGGAAGCCCGAGUUCUGAGAAAUAAGUUAUAAACUUUUUUAUGUUAAUGUAGAUAUGUAAUUAGUUUUUUUAGGUGAGCGAUGUAUAAGCUCUUUCGAGGGUUUCUUUACGGUUCUUUACCUCAUCACUUUUUUUGAACCGUCAGGAUAUUAAAUGUAGUUGUUCUUC